AUGACGGGCCCCGUCUUUGCCCGUGUGCCAGCGCUGCAGCCCUGGAGUGGCGAGGGUGUGCCAGUGGCACCGGUGGUGAUCUCCUGGAAGGAACUACAGGAGGCAUCCGCGGCACCUGCACCUUCGGACGUGCAGCGUCUUGCCGGCUCCAAAGUUGUAUCGGGUGAGAUCGCAUCUUCCAAGAUUUUUUUCACGAUGGGCAACGUACUAUUCUGUGAUUGCCAGGAGAUUCACCCCAUGCAGGUGAAGAAUGAUGGCUUGGACGAGGUGUGUCGCCAGAUGCUCGAAAGGAUCUUUGAGCUCUAUGAUUUCGAGAACGAUGGCAGCGUCUCGCUGCGAGAGUUUGUGACGAUGAAGCUGAACCAGAAGAGCGCCCAUGUGGAGCUGAAGGAGGAGGAGGCCCGGCUCCUUCGGGAGGAGAUGAUCCGACUCUACCGGGAACAGCUCGAUGAGGGCUUGCAACCGGUGAGAUGCAAAACCUUUGUGGAGUGCAUGUGGCGCAACGUGAAAUUGCUGGAACCCACGGACAGGAACGCGCAGUUCCUGAUCUUGGAGGGCCUCUUGAUCGAGGCUCAGAUGGCUCGCGAGAUGGUGGAAGGGUCUCGUCAGCGAACAUUGCCGACCUUGUUGACCCAGAUCCCCAGAGCUGCCGAAGGUGCCCAAUUCUCCCCAAAGGGGAAGGUCGUCGGCCCUCCACUCACGGCCUUGGUGUGA